AAUGUGUAUCGCCAAGUGUCUAGCGGGCGUGGUGUUCUCCAGUAAGAAGGCGUGUUCACGAAGGCGAUCGUUUAAGCAUCUACCAGUCCCACAUAUGUCCUGCCGCACGAUAGUGGAACGUUGUAAACAACGGCCUCCUUGCAGUCAACGUUAUUUGUUCCUAUGCUUGACCUCUCCGACAACAUCCAUAUCGCCACGAUUAUUAUUCCUCGUUAUCCGCGCGCUUGUGCUCGUAGUAACAAACAGUGGUAAAGAAGAAGGAACAGUUAAUGCGGUGUGAGAUGUGUACGUCAUUUCCAGACGAGUAAAUAAUGACGAAGGACGUGAAAAGGAAAACUGCGGGUGACAGAGGCAACGAGGGAGAUGGGGCACCUAAAAGGCCAGCGAGGAAAACGCCAUUGGAAAAGAAAGGUGGAAACAACAUAGGCGUGUCCACUGGUUACGUGAAGGACAAAUCCUUGAAGACGGUGAGUCCUGUCGUAUCUCCAGGCUCACCACCACCAUCUGCACAGCUCCCUUCUCCAUCUGAAGCAGGAAGGUUUCCAAUGGAUCGCGCAAAGGACAAUUUGGAAAAGGGGAAAUGGAACGUCAAUGUUGAUUCAGAUUUCAAGAGUGUUGGGAAGCCACCUGUUUCCAGGAAGAACCAGCAGUUGGCACGUCGACCGUCAGAGAUAAAACGAGACACCAAAGGAGUCGCAGCAGUCAAGGGUGUCGGCGGCUCGGAAGAGUUACAGGAAAUGAAAGUUGUUAGCUCUGAACAGUUGACCAGGCAGCCGUCCAUGCUGCUGAAGACGUCUCCAAGAACCAUUGCCCUGGGCAGAGAUAUAUCAACAGCGUACACUGAAAACAUCGAACGCAGACGGGUACGCAGAAACAUCAUAGCAUGCGCAGCAUGCUUAAUUCUCUGUGUUCUCUGCAUGAUAGUGCUCGGAGCGCUAGCUAUACUACUCCUCAUGUCUCAGAAGUUGGAAGCCACUGUUGUCAGCUGUAUUACUCGCGAGUGCUUAAGUCUCAGCACCGCUCUGACCGGACUACUUGACAGAGACGCCUAUCCGUGCAAUGACUUUUACGGGCACGUUUGCCGCAGUUGGACCAGAAGAGGGCGCUCUAGCUUCCUGGAUGACGCCGUUGGAAUGUUCUACGACACACUCGCUGCAGCCCUGAAUCGCACCUCUGACCGGCCGCAGCAGAACGGCAUACACGUUUUUUUCCAGCUCUAUUCCGCUUGCACGAUGUUUAUGCGAAAUAAUGCUACUGAUAGUUUCAAAGAUAUUGUCAGAACAGUUAGCUCUGCAGUGAACGUCUCUGCCUUGGUCGACGCACCGGACUUUCGAACGGUUUUUCAAGAACUCUUCAGACUGUCUUUCGACAGCGGGAUUCGCUCAAUAUUUAGCGUAGGCUUCCUGCGAAUCGAAAAACGCAGGUACCUCCAUUUCUCGAUUGGCCAAACGAUCGGUGGCAAGUUACGAGAUCUAUUUGAGCAGGUACCGCUUUCGUACCCGGGCAGCGCUGAUUACAUUACUGAUGUCGUAAGUGUGUUGCUGAACGGCAACGCGACGGAAGACAUGGCGCGUGAGGUGAUAGAACAGGAGAGGAGAUGGGACAACGAUAUGGGAGAGAAGGCAAGAGACGUGGAAUCCACGCACGUCGCUUUCAACAAACUUUCGUCCGAAUUGUCUCGUUAUUCCGUCGACGAUUUUCUCGAUCUAAUCAAUCGAGUGUCUCCACCUUACCUUUAUCAAACCGAAUACAGUGACGUGUACGUCACUGGGCCAGGACUUAUCGGCAAAGUGUUUUUCGAUAUGUACAAAAUGAACGCGACGGUUAGAGCCAUGCAUUCAUCCGUCAACGUGCUAACUGAUGUUCUGCAGUACGUCCUUUUGCGAGACUUCCUCACUGAACCGCAAUCUUCUACUGCCGUCUGCAUCAGAGUGGCGCAGAGGUCUUUGUUCUACAACGGGCCUUAUCUUACGAGUGUCCUUUCUGGCUAUGCCGAAGGCACGUCGCAAGUCAGUGAGAUGGCCGAAAAAUUAAUAGAAGCAUUCGCUCAGUCUAAAGCAUUGCAUUGGAUGGGCGCCAAUACAGUGUUUGACAUCAAGACUGUUUUAGACAGGACAAUGAUGCGCGCUUACGACAACGAUGUUUUGUUUUAUAUGUCAAUGGGAGUCGACUAUACUACCUUUUCCCUGGACGACACUGACUUCCUCUCAUCGUAUCUCACCCUGAGGCGUUUCGAGACGAGAGUCAUGCGACGGAAACUUCCAACGGACGUGACGGGUUUAAUAAGGAGGCACCAAUUUGUGCCUUACCCGGCUGCCGUUACGCGUCUUAGAAUGAUCCUCAUUCCAACCAUAUUACACGGCCCGCCGGUAUUUUACGUCUUCGACGACCGCGGCAUUCCCAUCUAUUUUAGUCUGGGAACACUCGGUGUGCAGAUAGGCAAGGAAAUUGUUGAACUCGUCAGGAACUUGUUGGACUGGACGCCUGAAAGUCAGUGGAGAUAUGGCCAAGUGAAGUCCUGCAUCCUCGAAAUGCGCAGCUUCAUAAACCUAUCGAGCGAUGGCGACCCGGACACUUGGUCACAGAGUGCUUUCGAUUUGUCGUACGGCGCACGGAUCGCGUUUGAAACCCUCCGAACGAUUAUCGAGCAAGCAGCGGUGCCGCCAUCAGUAAGCGAAGAAGCACUGCGGGUGUUCUUUGUACGGUCCUGCAUGAUCUCCUGUGCUUCGAACUCGACGAGUUCUCCUCUAAUAGCGAGAGAGCGAUGCCUUAUGGCAACGAUCACUAAUCCGGCAUUUUAUGAAACUUUUCGCUGCAUCAAAAACAUACGCUUUAGCGUCCCUUCUUGUGUUUCGACGAUGUUUACAGAAACGAGUACAAUGUAGCUUUAUUAUCGUUUAUUGUGUCGAGUGCGCGCGUAGAUUUGUGCCUGUAGAAUAAAUUCCGUGAGAAUGUGACAUCUCUGUGUCCGCUAGCCUCGCGACGACGAGCGAAUGUUGACUCCCUUGUUGCUGCGUGUGAUUGUACCAGGACAAGAAAAUGAUUCCUCGACGUCGGCUUUCGAAACGAAAAUUAGACGCACGAAAUAAUGUAAUAAAUGCGCUGUCACAUGGUGGUCGUUAACGUGUUGCCCGCCUUCAUUCCCAGAUAGAAUAGUUAGUUUUAGUAUAUCUUACGCUGUCGCCUUUGCGUACGUAAGGAAUAGGGUUGGUGGUUCUGCGCACUGCGCGAUCCCUUACGCUAUACCUUACGUACGCAAAGGCCAUAGCGUGCGAUGCCCUGCGUAUCAAGAGAGUACAUAGAGGGUCUAUCCCUGGAUUUGAAAAGGUUUAUUGACGUGCUUCUGCGUCGGUAGGAAUUACAUGCUCCUUGUUGUCCUUGCUAGUUUACCUGGCAGGACGAGUCGUAAACCUUGAAUGGUAUGGCCACUUGUGUCCCUCGUGCUUUCCGAACGAAUGGCUGCCUUCCACGUGGCCUACAAUCUUAGCUCCGUUCUUGAAGCGGUGUAGGUCGUAUUCGGCACGACCUCCCACAUGCACGUUGUCGUGCUUGCCGCUGUUGCCACCUCCUUGAGCCGUGAUGUCGAUGCGAUGCUGUCGAGAGGAAGGAACAGCAUACAGGCUCUGGUUAAUUAAUUAGACACUGCAGCUGCAGUGCGGAUGGCGUAUGUAAGGAUGGUGCUGUUGCCCUUCUUAUACGUGGUGGUGGAGGCUGGAAGUUGAACUUGGGACGACCGUAGAGAUAUUUGCAGAAGAAGGUUUAGUUUGUGGUUUUAUUUAGAUGUAUCGUUCUUCCUGUACUGUGGUUGGAUUUAUUUGCAGUUAGCGCCUGAU